AUGACAGUAGCGAAAACACAAACGCUUCAGAAUGCAGAUAUACAACGUCGACAUCGCGGAUGGAGCGAGUCAAGAAACUUGAAUUCGUCUUUCAGAAGUAUGUUUGACUCAGUCGCAUCUGUGAAUAGCGACACCGAAACGAUAUUUAGCUCUCCUUCAGAUUCUGAAUUGUUGGACCGAGCUCGUGCAAAUUAUUCUAGCGUCGAUUUUGGCGCUCUUUCAGCUUGUCCGGAACAGGACGGAUCAUGGAGUUGCAAGGAAGUUACUGAUCAAUUCGUCGUACUCAAGCGUCCAUCGUCGGCUAAGGCAAAUAGUGUUAGUCAUUCCUGGCCUAGAAGUCUUAUGUGCCGGUCGUCUUGA